AAUCGGUACGGCUAGUACGCUUCUGUCGGAACUCAGAGCCCCUCCCGUCCCGACAUCCUUCCCACCUCUGUGGCAGACUUUGAACUUCGCCGACUCCUCUGUGUCACCACCCCCAGCUUCCGCUUCCGAUACCGUGUCUUGACAUCCUUCGUGCUGCACAUGAUAACAAGCUCACCGGUUGACGCCACGACUGUUCGAAUUACAGGCCUGGAUCACACAGCGUUUCGGGUAACGACCAGUCCGCACACGGCACUCGCCUCUUGCCAAACCUCGAGUAACCGACCGAACAACCGAACAACCGCACAACCAUGGAGUGUGCUUCCCCCUUUUCCUUCGCCGCCCAUGAUGACAACACCGAGGCUCGGGCCUCGGGCGCGGCCAAUGCCCCCGAAAGACCGGCCCUCCGGAAUCGCCGGAAAUCCCAGCUCAAUGCCCGGCGGAAGUCGUUUGUCAACAGUAUCGUGGAUGGCGAAGAGGCCUUGCUGCUCAAGAUGGAUGCCUUCCUCGUCGAGCUAGAGAGCCGGCUGGAGUACUGGGAGAACUAUGGAGAACUGACUCUCGACUCGUCGAUCGAGGUGGCCCUGUCUACGCUGCAGGCCGUACGAACAAGAUGUUCUCACGUUUCGGAGGAAGUGAUGGGUGCCGGACGCAGACGUCUCCAUGUUCUGGUCGAGACCCUAGAGACGAGCUAUCACGAAGCCAUGGCCGCCGCCGGAUCGCUGAACGAAAAGGCCAAGGUCGGCAUCGAUCUGCUGGACGGGAUGCUGGAAGACUUGGAGACCCAGGCCGCCAAGCUUCGUGAAAAGGGACUGGCCAAUGCUGCCGAGAGUCUCAUGGGCGAGGGCAAGAGAGUUAUGGAGGAGGGUAUUGAGAGGGCCAUGCGUGCUGCCGAGAACCUCGAAGACCAUAUUCAGCGUGCCAUUAAUCAGGCGAGGGAGAAGGGCUUGAUCAGCUACGAGGAGCUCCCAAUCCCGUGGAGGAUUAAUCCCCAUAUUCAAAAAGGCUACCGGUUUUCCGAAAACAAGCUGGCCUGCAUCAGGUCAGCUUUCACUUUCUCUAACGAGCUGAUCAACAUCUGGUCCCAUGCCAUAGGUCUCAUUCUCGUCCUGGCUGUUGCUUUCUACUUCUACCCCACCAGCAUCAACUUUUCGCAGAGCACCACGACCGACAUCGCCAUCGCCGCCAUCUUCUUUUUCGCGGCUUGCCAAUGCCUGGCCUGCAGCGUCAUCUGGCAUACCAUGAACUCCGUCGCCGAUGUCAACCUGAUCUCCAUGUUCGCCUGCGUCGACUACACCGGCAUCUCGCUUCUCAUCGCUGCUUCCAUCAUCACCACCGAAUACACGGCCUUCUACUGCGAGCCCGUUAGCCGGUGGGUCUACAUGAUCGCGACAGCUUUCCUUGGUGUCGGCGGUGUCAUCCUCCCGUGGCACCCUCGCUUUAACGGGCAGGAUAUGGCCUGGGUGAGAGUCGCUUUCUACAUCGGUCUUUCCGCCAGCGGUUUCCUACCCAUCUUCCAGAUCUGGCUCACCCGCGGUGGCAUGUCGGUGUGGGAGCACUACUCGCCUAUACUCGAGUCGCUCUUCGUCUACUUCCUCGGUGCUCUUGUCUACGCCAGCAAGGUCCCUGAGAGGUGGUGCCCCGGCAUGUUCGAUUAUGUUGGCGGCAGCCACAACCUCUGGCACAUUGCUGUUCUCGGCGGCAUCCUGUUCCACUACAAUGCCAUGCAAGAGUUCUUUUCAAAUGCCUUCAGGCGCGCCCAGGAUGCUUGCCCUAUGUAUUAGGUCGGAUGACGGAGGAGAGAAAGGCCCCAUAAGUUUCAUUGGGGUACUAUUAGAAUUCAGGUUCUUGCCGUUUUUGGAACGAGAGCGGGCAUAUUUCCAGUCACAUAUCGCUACGUCAAUGAAGUCUAUCGCCACAACAAACGUUUCGCUCCGAAUCAUACAG